GAAUUUCCCGGCUUCAUUCACUCCUUGCAAAAAACAUGGCGACCGAGGGAGAUGUCGAUUUGGACCUGGAAGCCGAGGAAAACUGCACCGGGAAGCCAACCGAAAAGCCCCGCAAACAUGACAGCGGCGCCGCGGAUUUAGAGAGAGUCACCGACUACGCGGAGGAGAAAGAAAUUUCCAGUUCCGACUUGGAAACGGCUAUGUCAGUCAUUGGAGACAGAAGGUCACGUGAACAGAAAGCCAAACAAGAGAGAGAAAAAGAGUUGGCCAAAGUCACCAUCAAGAGAGAGGACGUGGAGUUAAUUAUGUCAGAGAUGGAGAUUUCGAGGGUGGCGGCAGAGCGCAGUCUGAGGGAACACAUGGGCAAUGUGGUGGAAGCGCUGGUGGCGUUGACCAGCUGAGCGCACACACACAGGACCGUUUUACUGGCAGAAAAUAGAAAUUUCCUUAGAAUUGAACUCAAAACAUUUUGUGGUGUAACGUUUUUUUUUUUUUUUCCAAGUAAAAAGUAUUCAACAACCCA